AUGAUCGACGAACUCAUUCACCAUUGCAUCGAACAGAUCGGUCUCGACGGAGAGGCAGGCACCGACAUUGGCCGCUUCGCUCACUAUGUUGGCCAAUUUCAUUCUCAGCUUUCGUCCCUCUCUCAGUCUCCUGAUCAGCUCAUCGACGACCUUUACUUAGCUUUCGUCUUUCGUCAGGUCUUGAGCCAUCCGCAUGUGAGGGUCGGCCUGUUUGUCGCUGGAGUGCCUCUCAAAACUGGCACAAAGAGCGGCAUCCACCAACGCAAAUCCUCUGCUCUGGAGAGUCCAGCAGGCACAUCACAAUCCACCAAGUCAGAUCCCGAACUCACUCGGGAAUACGAUUCAGUCAACCUCUUGCCCGACCAGACCAUCGCAGAGCAGCACGGCCUCGCUAAGCUCCAGCUGCUCCAUGGUGAUCGUCUUCGUUUAGUCCUGCACACAGACCUUAUCAAGCGCUUACUCAUCGGUUCCGAUGCCUUCUGUCUUCCACCGUCCGCCUAUCGUGUUCUUCAAAUCGUCUGUCGAUCCAGGGAGAAGCCGGUUCUCAGCACCGAUAUUGGCACAGCACUGCACACCGACCAAAAGACCGUCUUUUACAUAUGCAAACGCCUUAUCGACCUCGAUCUCAUCAUCAAGUUUCACGCUCGCGAGACCGGCACUGUUUCCAGCUACUUUGUUGCCACUCGUUUUCAGGAUCGCUGCGAUAUUCUCGUCCAGCAGAAAAAUGCAGACGUUGCUGCAGAUCUACAAGUCGUCGGCGUAGCAUCGCAAGACACCGCUCAUCCAUCCUUGUCCAAUCCGUCAUCAAUCCCCUCCAUUCAAGCCGAAACAGCUGACGACGAUGGCGAAGGCGAAGGCGAAGAUGAUGAUGACAAUGUCCAAGCUCUUCCUGCUCCUGUUGUCACAGUCAAGGAGGAGGAAUCGCAAGGUUUGGACGAUGCUGGCGCAACUGGUCAUACGUUGGCCCAAGUCUCUACACCUACUUUCGAACACGUUGACGCUGCAAAAUCUCUUAUCUGGAUGAGCAGCCGUCCCGAAUUAGUGCGCUUGCGCAUCUACCUCGUGUGCAACUCAACCUCGUUCAAGGUCACAGCACGCCAUCGUCUGCAGCGCCGCAUCAAUCUCAGUUCGAUACGCCUUCAAAGGAGAGCUUUUACCUCGCUGCUCCAGCAUGCUGUUGUUCAUGGCUUUCUCGAGGUAGUCGACGUCUACGUUGCGAGCACCCACCGCACCUAUCGCGGGCUGAGAAUGACGCAGAAAGGUCAAGACGAGAUGUACGAACUGCUCAAUGGCGAGUAUGGCGAUGCUUCCUCACUUCAGCAACAAGCCAAGGCCACCAGGCUCAACGCAAAGCUUCAGCAGGAUCUCAGCAGAUGCGAACCCUCUUUGCCACGCGAGCUCACCUUGGAACGACAUGUUCACGAACAGGUGGCGCGCGCUGGAUCCGCCGGGCGCACCAUUUCUCAACUCAUGACCCAGCUCCACGGAAAUGGCCAGUUUGGCCGUGUUCUCGACCAAAUAGUUCAGCGAGCAGAAGACGCCGACGGCGAACCGUCUUUGAGCGAUAUCCGCAUCCGUUGCUUCUACGAGCACAAGCUCCGCGUCCGCAACACGAAGCUAUACAGUCAUCACGCAUGGGUUUUGCAAUCCGCCAACGAUGGCUUCUUGGACCCUGCAGACGUCCAUCUCCUUGCCUUGGCUGGUGGGCCCUCCACCUUGCAUCGCAAGUCUGCCUUUUGGACCGCUCCUGACCUAGUCGGACAACAUCUAGCAUCACUGAGCAAGGAUCUGUUCACUCCAACUCCCAGCAAGGACGCUCCUCGAAGAGGGCGACCGCCAAAGAAACGCCCUUUGGACGAUGACCGCUCAGAAACACCACCGCGAAAGAGAGGACGUCCUCGAAUACAUCCACUUCCAGACUCUGAAACACAAAUUGUCCCCAAGAAACGAGGACGACCGCGCAAGGACCAGUCCGCUCCUGCUGAAGCAAUUCCAACUGACACUGAAGCCCUACUAUCGCCAGUGUCCUCUUCAUUUCAUCCCGAUCAGCCGACUCAAUUGCACGACGUCGUUGAAGUUGACUCGUCGCCGAAGGAAGUCAGCUCUCACUGCAACGCAAAAGCCCGCCCUGAUGAAGUCAUGGAUGAUGCAUACACGCCCACUGUUUCCGACUCUCCUACUGGAACUGUCAAGCGUCGCAGUAGACGUCUCAUGCAGAGCCAUGCUCAAACGAGACUGACUUCGCUACUCGCCUCAACGCCGGCGACCGCUGCCACGGAUGAGCCCAAGACAUCGGAAGCGGAGCGAGUGGCUGUCUUUGAGUCGCCUGCUGCAACUCGACCAGCCAAGCCAUCCCCAGAGGCUCACGCUGCGCCAGAAAUUACCAUGCCCUCCGUACAGGAUCAAGAGCAUGCUACUGCUCUGGAGCCACCUCUUGUCGAUGUGUCACGCCUCGACGAUCUGAUGUCCGCAUCGUCUCAAGUCAAGAGCGAGGCCCAGCCUGCCUUACUUGCUACACCAGUUGCCAAGAACCUCCGCGAAACCACUGUUACGCCGAGCGCAUCUGAGCGAAAGAGACGCACCAAUGUGUCCCAGCUGCGAAGCUCCCAUGCGCUUGUCCAAUGCAUCCGUGAAGCUGGAGGCGCCGUAGAUACACUCGAGAUCGCCGAUCUUCUCACCAGCUUUGUUGAACGGCAUGGCUUUGCCUCGGAUACUCAGCUUAUUGAUCUCCGAGACAGGAAGGUCAGGGAAAAGGCGCUUGCGGCUAGCGUAAACAACAAUCUGCUCCGUCGCACUUUUGUCCGACUCGUUCUCCCGACCGCGAUGUGCUCCAGGCGUCAGAUCAUCUACCUACCCGAAUUACCUCCAGAUCAGCUGCAGACGUACUGCGAGGCUGUCAGGCAGGGUCGUAGGGGCUGGUUCAGCACCAAGGACGCAAGGACCGCCUUGACGCAUCCUACAAAUACGGUGGCCGUAAGCACUGACGACGCUUCCCGCUUCGCAAAACUUUGGCACGUGCGCGAUCCCUUCCCUCUUGCCAACUUGCCCAAAGAUGAUCAGCAGCUCUCUCUUCUGCGCCAACCAUUCCGCGACGUGACCAGCGUCUACCGACAGCAUUUCGGCUUUGUGAGUGGCGAGCUUGUACGCCUUAAAGCUUUUCACCAUGCUUGCGCAAAGUUUGUCGCGCUGCGCUCCCAAGCAUCCACAAGCAACCAUGCCGAUGGCUUGCUCCCACUAAGCUUCUUUUGGACCGAAGCCCCCCUCGACCUAUUCUUGGCUCUCGUACCCACCCCCAUCAUGGACGAAUCUGUCGAAGAGACGGUGCUCGAUCCUCAGGUGCAAGUCACACCUAUUUGCGACCUGCCAGAGCAGCUCAAGGCAAGUCUCGGGCUCACACACCGGGCGUUGGAAGAGGCAGGCAUCUCGAUCUUUAGCCUAGCAACGCAACUGUCCCAAUUUGGUCUUGUCAAGCUGCGGGCUGUAAGUGCACCAGAAGACCAGAGUCAGAACAAGCUCAACCCGGCCACUGCCACCGUCGAGCCUGUCCACCGUCUACCGCUCUACGACUGGGCGAGCAAAGAAGAGCUCAAGCCUCUCAUUGGCUGUGUCGAUGCUGGGCUGAACCCCGACCAGAUCAAUCGCUUCUGGGCCAAAGUGCAACUCAAUUGCCUUUACGCAGAUGGAGGAAGGGAUAAACACGGCAGUCGGACAGAAGGUAAUGCCGCUUGGGCCGAGGAGCUCGAAGCUGACACAUUGGCCGAAAUGGAGCCGUACAAGAUGAUACCACAGGAGCUCUCAAAUGUCUUGUUCUCCACAAAGGCGUGGCGCCCAUUCUAUCAACUCAGACCUUCUCAGGUUAAAUUCUUGUACCGCAUCGCCUUACAAGACAUUGCAACGAUGACGCAAGUCGAAAUUGACAGGCUCGCCUACGUGACGCUUGCGCCGCAGCAGGUGAUUGUCGCGUUGCUGCGAAAGCGCUUGGAACGGUCCAACGAGCCGGAAGACCCGGAUGCUCCACCAGCUCGAUGCCAGAAGUCGCGCUUCACCUGGCCAUUCAAGCUCCGCACCAUCGAGCUGCCAACGAGACUGUUCAAGUCCAUGGAAGCCCAUGCCGGGGCAAGGACGGCUGCAACAGUCGGGAAGCCCAAGAGAACGCAGGCUCAGCGGGAGUGGGAAGGGCGCAAAACAACCCUCAACAAGGCGCGACAACUCCGCGAGCGCCGCGAGCAGGACUUCCAAGCAAUGCUCGAACAUGCGUUUGACGGUGCGCCAGCCGCUCGUGAUCUUCGCUCCAAGAUUGAAACAGCACUUGGCGUGAUUCGACGCAAAUAUGUAGCAGGCGAAGUCAAGUUUGACGCCACUGCUGCUCAAUCCGCGAUAGCACGAGCGAUCAGAUCGGCUUCGGGCCUUCGAUUGAUGCCCGCCGUUCGAGCACCACCGCGAGACCGGACUAAGCGCCAAGAGAGACGACUGUCAAGUGAAGAAGCGCAAGAUUCCGAAGUAGAGACAGGGGGACGAGCUCAGGAGGCAAAUGGAGAUGGAGCUAUUGUUGCUGAGAAACCUAGGACGAAAAGAGACCGGCGGAGCCGUCGAAACGCGGACGCAAACAUCUUUUGGACGCCUGCCAGAAAGGAACUGUUGCGCGAUGCAGCAGUCAUCCUUCGCGUUCGCGACGAGGUUCGUGGUCGAUCGGAUUGGUCAGCAUUGUUUCAGAUCAUCGAUCGCGAAGAGCAGCAACAGACACGCGGUGUGAUCAUGGCACAGUGGCGCAACCAAUACUAUCGCAUGCGGUCACUUGAUGGCGAAGAAGCCUAUUUAGCCGCGCUAGAAAGCCGCUGGAUCCGAGUGUAUGUGUCUGCGCGCGAGUCGGGCAUUUUGAAGGACGACGGCUUCCCUGCUGCCACUGGGUUCGAUCUUGCCGCACAGAUACGAAUUCUUCGCGAGAGGAUCGACAAGAACGAAGUACAAGAAUCGUUGGCCAAGCCGAUCGCUCGGUACCACCUGCCUCUGCAGCUAAAUGCUGCCACCGACUUUACACUUGCAUGGAAGGAGGAGUUCACGCACGAGCCUUUCGAGCGGCGCUUUGAGGCGUUUUUCGCGAGCGGCGAGGCUAGUGUUACGACGAAACGUCGUGAGACAUUGUUGUAUACGCCUUUCGGUGAUGUUGGAGCAGUUCGUGGGCGCGAUGGGUAUACCAAUGCAGAGGACAUGGUUGCGGAAUGGGCUGUGCGCAUCGUCAUCGCAAGCAACGACGCAGGAGAGGGUCAACAGACCGAUAUGUCGGCAGCGGACGAGACUGUCAAGACCGAGUUUUGCAGAGGUGUAGGCGACGACAGGAUCGAGAGGGCGAUGCAGCGGUUGAUCGACCUCAGGCUCAUCCGGCCCAUAUCGACCGACCCGAUGGUGCGGCGUAAGCCCGGGACCAACUUUGUCUUCACCGACGAGCUGCUCAAGCUGCUGCCUGACACGAACGCUGCGAAUCGGUUGGCUGCUGCGGACCUGCGCGCCAUGUUGAAGCAUCGAAUGGAGGCUUUUCGGCAAAUCUACGAUGUGCCAGAGGGGGUCGUGUUGGAACCUGUGGAAGCUGAUGGUGAAGCAGCGGCCUUGCUUCCAUUGCUGCAGUCGGGCUUGAUGGAUGGUGAGCUCGAUACGCGGGCGUUUGAGGCGCUGCGGCAGAGCGUUGCUCUUAAUGCUCGCGUGCUCAACGAUGACGAUCUGGAGGCAUUGAUCACUGUCAAGGGUCGGAGCGGGAUGAUCGAGAUGCUCGAAGCGGCAGUGAUGCGGUUGCCGGCUGUGCCUGCGGAUGGCGCGCUUGACUGGCUAGCAGAGGUAGGAGGCCGCGACGAGACGCUGGAAGAUUUGUGGCGCGACCGGUUCGAGCAAUUUGUACAGACCAUCUCGAAUCGGGACGCGCGCUCGGCACAGCGACUGCGCGAGUUUGGCUCUCGCUUGACUCGGUCUGGUAUUCAGGGUCUGGUGCUGGAUGAGGGUGAGGGUGCGCAACUCUCAUACUCACACAUUCACACACUUACAACUGGGCGGCUACCACUUGGGUUUCUCAUGCCGGGGACGUCGCGACGUGUGCUUGUUGCAUCCAUGUUUGUAGGCAGCUACGCGCUCGCGGUUCCAAGUGGCACGUCAGCCAGUGCGCGUCUGGUGCUCCCGCAUAUAUGGACCACACUCACCGACGCAUCCACCCCGAAAUGGCGUGCACUGCUUGACUCUCUGGUCUCAACCACCCUGCAACGCCCCGGCAUAAGCAUGGCUUCGCUCACAUCCAUGUUCACCUCUCCCGUCCAGACGUCGGUCGUAGCCGUCCCGUUCGCCGACCUCUGGUCCGCGAUCCUGUGCCUAGUCCACCACAAGCUCGUCCACCUCAACACGCACCCUGCCAACAUCAACAUGUACACCCUCCAUCCCGCCCACCGCAUCGUAUGCGCCCGCUUCGAAUAG